GUCCGUCCUUCUUCCUAACCAGUAAACUAGAAAUCACGCCUGGAUCUCAGGAAAUAAUCAGUACAAGACAAAUAUAAACUUUUGAGUCAUGUCUUAAGGCAGACUUCCGUAAAUAUUUGGAUGCUCUUAAUUUGAUGGGCACAGUGGCUGCGCCGAUUGAGUAGACUUCUCUCCAUGUCUGUAUCUGGCUGAAAUUAUGUUCCCAGGUAUUUUGUGUGUGAUAUUAUUCAGCACCAUGCACAUCGCAUCAUCUCUGGAGCUACAGCCUGGCAUGCCAAAUGUUUGUGCUGACCAGGAGAUGUCCAUGUUGGGAGGACGUCAGCCUUGUGUCCAGGCUUUUACCCGCAUGGUUAAGGUGUGGAAACAGGGCUGCAACAGCCACAGAUGGUGUAUGGGCUACGAGAGAAGGACAGCAUACUACACCGCAUACAGGCAGGUGUACAGCAUGGAUUUGCAUACAGUCUAUAAAUGUUGCCCUGGCUGGACUCGCGUGGGUGAUGAGCUGGGCUGUCUGCAUAGGGUGUGUGGUGCCAAUACGUGUUUCAAUGGAGGCAAAUGUGCUGAGACUGGAGAGCAGAUAUGUCAGUGUCCACUAGGCUUCAAAGGGACACAAUGCCAAUAUGAUGUUAAUGAAUGUGAAGUGCAUGAAGGGGGCUGUGAAGGGUUCUGUUGCAACACCAUUGGCAGCUACUACUGCAAGUGUCCUGAGGGCAGAAGGCUGGGGCCAGAUGGCAAAGCAUGUCAUGACGUAAACGAGUGUGAUGAGCUCAACGGAGGAUGCCAACAAACGUGUGUCAACACACCUGGCUCUUAUCACUGUGAGUGCAGCGAAGGUUUCCGCAUGCAUUCUGAUGGUCGGACCUGCAUUGCUGUAAACUCUUGCUCGGUAUUGAAUGGAGGAUGUGAACACAAGUGUGUGGACAUGGGGAACAAUCACCACAAAUGUGAAUGUCGAAAGAACUACCAGCUGAAGAGAGAUGGGAGACACUGUGAAUUGAAGGACCCCUGUGAGGACAGGAAUGGAGGCUGCACCCAGCUGUGUCGUUCAGAAGGCGGCCGGGUUCACUGCAGCUGCCGACCUGGUUUUACACUGGCUGGAGAUGGCAGGAACUGUGAAGACAUUGAUGAGUGCAGUUCAGGCCAUGCCAAGUGUUCCCACGGAUGCGUCAACAUGCUGGGCUCCUUCAGUUGUGUGUGUCAUCCAGGCUUUGAACUUGGUGCUGAUGGCAAACAGUGCUACCGCAUUGAGAUGGAAAUUGUCAACAGCUGUGAGAAGAACAAUGGAGGUUGCUCUCAUCACUGUGAGCACACCACCAAUGGCCCUCUCUGCUCCUGUAACCACGGCUACCAGCUAGACCAGGACAGGAAGACCUGUGAAGAUAGUGAUGAGUGUGUCAGCGGGGAGUCCUGCUGUAGUCACUUCUGUAGAAACUACCCGGGUGGCUACGAGUGCAGCUGCAGAGCUGGUCACAGACUAAAUCCAGAUGGCUGUGGCUGUGAUGACAUUGAUGAGUGUGUAGCAGAGACCUCAGGCUGUGAGCACUACUGUGUCAACACCCUUGGAACAUAUGAGUGUUUUUGUCGAUUGGGUUUCCGCUUGGAUCAGGACCAGCACUCCUGCAUAUCGCUGUAUGGCAGAGAACUAGAAGAAGAAGAGGAGGAGGACGAAGAAGAGGAUGAGCAGCUGGAGGUCCACAGAUUACCAGACCUUCUGUUUCGCAAGGCUCCUCAGCUUCUGCAGUACACAGCGGCCUUGCACUCCCGUUACGGCAGUGAUGAUGCUUAUGAUGAUGAUGCUAGUGAUGAUGGCGACAGUGAAAAAGAAUAUGAGACCCAGAGGGAGCGUCGAGGAGAGCUCACACUGGACAGCAGCAUAGUGUGCCUUGAUGGCUCUUUUGGGGACGACUGCACCGCGAGCUGUGAAGACUGUGUGAAUGGAGUGUGUAGUGAAAACAGAGACCGAUGUGAAUGCUCACCUGGAUGGACUGGGAUUGUCUGCAACGCAACUUGUCCACCGGGGACCUAUGGGCAGGCCUGUAACAGCCUGUGUCGCUGUCAGAACGGAGGCUCGUGUGACCCUGUGACCGGGAAGUGUUUGUGCCCCCCUGGGGUACAAGGCCUGCUGUGCGAGGAUGGUUGUCCAAGGGGUUACUUCGGGAGGCACUGCAGAAGAAAGUGCAACUGUCCCAACAAUGGACAUUGUCAUCGUCUGUAUGGAGGCUGUCUGUGCUCUCCAGGACUGUAUGGUCGCUUCUGCCACCUGCCUUGUCCCAGGUGGACGCACGGCGCAGGCUGUUCCAAGGAAUGUGACUGUGUUCAAGAACAUUCCACUGGCUGUGACCCCAAAACAGGGAGCUGUUUCUGUAAAGCUGCAUACCACGGCCCGCGGUGUGAGAAAGAAUGUGAGCUCGGCUUCUUCGGUACAGGCUGUGAGCAGCCAUGUGACUGUCCAGGUGGAGGGUCAUGUGACCCCAGGACUGGAGAGUGCAGCCAGCGAUGUCCUGCAGGCCUUCAUGGAGAUAAAUGUCAGCUGGCUUGCCAGCCCAGGAGUUACGGUGAGAACUGUCGUCUGACCUGUGACUGCAGAGGAGCCCCAUGUGAUGCGGUAACCGGACAGUGCAUCUGUCCUGCUGGGAGGACUGGACACUCCUGUCACGAGGACUGCCCUGAUGGAUUCUGGGGGUUGAAUUGCCAGUCUCCUUGUCCUAAAUGUGAGAACAGAGGUUCCUGCAACAAAACAACUGGUGUGUGUGACUGCAAGCCAGGCUUCAUAGGAAACCUCUGCCAGAAUGAUUGUCCUCCUGGUUUCCAUGGACCAGGCUGCUUAAUGCGCUGUUCAUGCCACCCUGAAGCUACUUGUGACCCACAGACUGGACACUGUGUCUGUCCUCCUGGCAAAAGAGGCCGCGAUUGCACAACAUCAUGUGAAUCUGGUUACUGGGGCCAGGGGUGCAUCAGUAAGUGCCGGUGCAAAGAGAUCUCUGUGGACUGUGACCCAGUCACUGGUCAGUGUGCCUGUGAGGCCGGCUUCACCGGAGACCACUGUGUGGAGAAGUGUGCGAAUGGCAGCUAUGGGCAGGGAUGUGCUCAGCAGUGCCAGUGUCAGAACGGAGCCCUGUGUGACCAUGUGAGUGGAGCCUGCACAUGUUCACCUGGAUAUGCUGGCACUUACUGUGAAAAAAUGUGCCCGGACGGCUUUUACGGUCUUGACUGUGGCCAGAUGUGCGAGUGCAGGAACGGUGCCCGCUGCCACCACAUCACAGGAGCCUGCCUAUGCACCGCCGGCUGGGCAGGACCACACUGCAUUUUGGGAUGCCCAGAAGGUCGUUUUGGGGAGCAGUGCAGUCAGGCCUGUGAGUGUCAGAAUGGAGCCAGGUGUGACCACGUCACUGGCCGAUGCAGCUGCACGGCUGGCUGGACUGGAGUCAGCUGCCAACUGCCCUGUCCUGCAGGACAAUAUGGGGAACACUGUUCUGGCUAUUGCCUGUGUCAAAAUGGAGGCUCUUGUGAUCGUGAGACCGGCUGGUGCUCCUGCCCACCUGGCUGGACUGGAGCUGCCUGUGAGUUAGAGUGUGAGGAAGGACGUUACGGAGAGAACUGCACCCAGUCCUGCAACUGUCUGAAUGGAGGGAGAUGUGACAGAGUGACAGGAAGAUGUGUGUGCCUGCCUGGUUGGAUAGGAGAGCUCUGCCAAUCAGCGUGUUCUAAGGGAUUCUUUGGAGAGGGCUGUGAGCAGAGUUGUGACUGCGGCCAUAGUACGAGUUGCCACCAUGUGACGGGCCGCUGUGAGUGUGAGCCAGGCUGGAGGGGAGCCAGGUGUGACAAACCCUGCCUUCCGGGGUCCUACGGGGCUUCCUGUGCCCAGCAGUGUCAGUGCCAGCCUGGGGUGUCCUGUCACCACGAGACGGGGGGGUGUGGGUGUCCAGCUGGACUUGCAGGACCAGGCUGCGAGAAAUCUUGUCCUGCUGGCAUGUUCGGGCAGAACUGCAGCCAGCUGUGCCAGUGUUCAGGAGACCAAGAGCAGUGCCAUCCCGUGACGGGGAAAUGUAGCUGCUUACCGGGUUACUACGGGGCUCGUUGUGAGCUACGAUGCCGAGCAGGGACUUUUGGGCCAAACUGCAAGUCCAGAUGCAACUGCAUCAAUGGUGGUCGCUGUGACUUCAGGACUGGGGCUUGUUACUGUCCUCCUGGCUUCAUUGGAGCUGACUGCAGCUUAAGUUGUCUGAGUGGAUACUAUGGGAGGAACUGUGCUAAGCUGUGCUCCUGUGGGGAAGGAGGCCAGUGCCACCCAGUAACUGGAAAGUGUAUCUGUGCCCCUGGUAGGAUGGGACAGUCGUGCACACAAGCGUGUCCCAGGGGGCGCUACGGCCUGCAGUGCAGAAACACAUGCAGCUGUCAGAACGGGGGUCUGUGCAACCCCGCUGACGGCUCUUGCAAGUGUGGACUUGGAUGGACUGGACCCCGCUGUGACACAGCCUGUUCACAGGGAAAAUAUGGUCUUCAUUGUGCAGAAGAGUGUCCAUGCCUCAACAAUGCGACCUGCGACCGUUUUACUGGCACCUGCAGCUGUAUUCCUGGAUACUAUGGCCACUCCUGUCAACACAGAUGCCCACCUGGCUUCUUUGGAGUAAACUGUGCCCAUACGUGUGACUGUAAGGUGGGGCAGACAUGUGACCAUGUGACAGGCCAAUGUGUGUGUCCACCAGGCUACUAUGGCCCACAAUGCCAAAGAUGGUGUGAAGCUGGCAGGUUUGGACUGAACUGUGGACAAUCGUGUGACUGUGCGGGUGAGGCGCCAUGUGACCCAUCUACCGGCCGGUGCCUCUGUCCCCCAGGAAGGACAGGACAGAGGUGUGAAAAAGACUGUGGUGGAGACCGUUUUGGCCCAGGCUGCUCGCUGCCGUGCCAGUGUUCCCACAGGGCCCGCUGUGAUGGGCUGAGUGGGCGAUGCCUGUGCCCGCUCACCUGGCUGGGCCCCACCUGCAGUGAAGCAGUGCUACACCAAAGCCCAGGACCGCUGAACUUUUCUGUGUCCCAAAGAAAGAGACGUGCGGGCAGCAAAACCACAUAAACCAAGCAGAGGUGUGAACUCCUGACUGGGCAUUCAAACACAGGGCUUGGACCCGUGGAAGAUUACUCGGAUCAUCUGGGUAAAGGUGAUGUUUUUGUGGAACUGGUACUCAGCUGUCAGAAACUGGUACUCCAUCACCGGGCCUGGAGCUCGCGAUCAUCACCCGGUGAACUGGGCAUAUGAGGGGCCCUCAAAGAAUUUUCAGGGUUAUGCAGACUUCUUAUCAAAACACUCUUAUACCUGCGUCACAUUUGUGACUAUUGCUGAUUGAAAGUAGUUAAAUUUCUUUCCAGAUUACCAUUUAAUGAGCUGUUAAGGGGUUGAUUUCUUUCUUAAGGGCAUUUGGACACGUUACUGAAUCAGAGUCACUGGAGAGCCUUUACAGCCACUACCAACAUUUAGUUUAUUUCUGUGUGUGUCCGCAAAAAAACUUGAUGGUUAACAUAACAGAAUGCCAGGCAUAUUUCUGGUGAAAAUUAAAUACCUCUUAACCAGAUUUAGAAAUACAUGAAUAGCUACAGCACCAAAACUAUGGUCCAACAGAAGAGGCAAAAAUGUUGACGCAUGGGAUGUCUCAUAAUAAAAAUAUUCCACAUAAAUGAAAAAUACUCUGCUUUAUGUCUGAUAUGUUUUCCCCCACAAAAAAUUCUGUUACCUUGUUAAAUAAAUUAGUUAGAUUAUACUACUUCUACUCCUGAAACCAAGAAUCAACAAAGAUGCUUCAUUUCAAAAGUUUAACUGCUGGGCAAAAUAUGUCCAAAUGCUGCACAGGACAAGUAUCAAUCAAAUGAGGUAACAAGAAGCAAAACUCAUUUCUGAUUGAAUUUUAACCUUAACUUUAACAAAGUUGAACGUCCAGUACACACAUUUGGGUAGUUCACUUCCAUCAUAGUGAAGCCUUUCUCACAUACAAGGCAUCUCAUUACUUACUCUUUUCUCAUGUGAGAAAUAAGCAAUCCUUGCUUAUGAUUAUUUGCUGACUGGUUUGUGGGUUCACAGCUCAUUUUCACCUGAUUUUCUGACCUUGACAUUUCUCAUUACACUCAACUUUUACAAAUGUCUGAGAAGAUAUUAUCUAUCCAUAAGUUAUUCCAAGUUGGCUCAUGGAGUCUGAAAAUGACACGAACAAGCUUCAUUAAUCAGCAACGCUCUCCAUUUAAUGGCAUUGAUCAGGGGUUGUGUUAUUUCAGUUGAGUGUGAUGGUUACAAAAUAUUGCAGGCAAAACUUGCAUGCAUUGUAAUUCUUACAGACAUGUGUUUAUUGAGUUUGGAAGUCUUCAAGAAAAUUCUAUAACAACAAUGUCAAUGAUGUUAAUACUUUUUCUGUAGUACCUGUAUACUUUAUGGUUGUACAGUAUUAAAGAUACAAUUACAAAUUCCAUAUCACUACUGCUAAUAUUUGCCAUAACUUGUGCACAUUUUUUAAAUUUUAUUUUAUUUUAGUUUUUGCACAAACUGUAUUGUAUUUACUCAGGUGAGCGAUAGUAACCGAGUCACAACUGACUGCGCUCAUUUCCUGGCUAUGUCAGUGGUGCUACAUCGAUACGUUUUGUUUGUACAAAAUUGAUAAACUCAACUCUGUUAUAUUUUCUGUUGUCUUCUUACUUAGUCUGUCUUCAUCAUCUGUGGUUUUACUUUGACUAAAACGAGGAGGAAAAGAGCCAUGAACCAA